UCUGUGAAAGGCUGUGCCGCUCAGUACCGAUCACCGGCUCGCAAGGCAUCGGAGACCCCCCUCCGCCCGUUCAUCUGCCCAUACCGCGGAUAAGGCACCUUGCCUGCCCCAGCUGCAGCUAUGCUGCCCCAUAUAACGCUUCUCGUCCUCGCUGCAGGAGCCCUGGCUGCGGAGGUACCCUCCGAUGGAAAUGCCGGGUUGCUGGCGGAGCCCCAGAUUGCCAUGUUUUGCGGCAAACUCAACAUGCACAUGAAUGUCCAGAAUGGAAAAUGGGAAACGGAUGCGUCUGGGACUAAAAGCUGCAUUGGAACCAAGGAAGGCAUCCUUCAGUACUGCCAGGAGGUCUACCCAGAGCUUCAGAUUACCAACGUUGUUGAAGCCAAUCAACCAGUUACUAUCCAGAACUGGUGCAAGCGAGGACGCAAGCAGUGCAAGAGCCACACACACAUUGUGGUUCCCUACCGAUGCUUGGUUGGUGAAUUUGUAAGCGAUGCUCUCCUUGUUCCUGAUAAGUGCAAGUUCCUUCACCAGGAGCGAAUGGACAUUUGUGAGACUCAUCUGCACUGGCACACAGUCGCUAAAGAGUCUUGUAGUGAGAAGAGUAUGAGUCUCCAUGAUUACGGGAUGCUGCUUCCCUGUGGGAUUGAUAAAUUUCGAGGAGUGGAGUUUGUGUGCUGUCCAGCAGCAGAUGAAAGCGACAGCUUUGACUCGGCUGAUGCGGAAGACGACUCCGAUGUGUGGUGGGGAGGUGCCGAUGCUGAUUAUGCUGAUAGGAGUGAUGACAAGAUGAUGGAAGGUCAGCAGGAUGAAGAGGAAGAAGUGGUAGAGGUGGAACCAGAUGAAGUAGACGAUGACGAUGAAGAUGAUGGAGAUGAUAUGGAUGAGGAACCUGAGGAAACAUUUGAAGAAGCUACUGAAAGGACCACAAGUAUUGCCACGACUACCACCACCACCACAGAAUCUGUGGAAGAAGUUGUCAGAGAGGUGUGCUCUGAACAAGCCGAGACCGGCCCUUGCCGCGCAAUGAUCUCCCGCUGGUUCUAUGACGUGGCCGAAAGGAAAUGCGUACAGUUUAUUUACGGAGGCUGCGGCGGGAACCGGAACAACUUUGACUCUGAGGAAUACUGCAUGUCCGUCUGUGGCAACGUCAUCCCCACCACUGCCGCAAGCACUCCUGACGCAGUUGACAAGUACCUGGAGAAUCCAAAUGAUGAGAACGAACAUGAUCGCUUCCAGAAAGCAAAGGAGAGAUUGGAAGGCAAGCACCGGGAGAGGAUGUCCGAGGUGAUGAAGGAAUGGGAGGAGGCUGAACGUCAGGCAAAGAACCUUCCAAAGGCUGACAAGAAGGCUGUCAUCGAGCGUUUCCAAGAGAAGGUAGAAUCCCUGGAACAGGAAGCUGCAAAUGAAAGACAAAAACUGGUGGAAACUCACAUGGUGCGAGUCGAAGCUUUAUUAAAUGAACGCCGACGAAUUGCCCUGGAGCAUUACAUCACUGCCCUACAAGCCGAUCCCCCGAAGCCCCGCCACGUUUUCAAUAUGCUGAAGAAAUACGUUCGUGCCGAGCAGAAAGAUAGACAGCACACCCUCAAACACUUUGAGCACGUCCGCAUGGUAGACCCCAAGAAGGCGGCCCAGAUCAGAUCUCAGGUCAUGACGCACCUCCGAGUGAUUAAUGAGAGAAUGAACCAGAGCUUCUCCCUCCUGUACAAAGUGCCGGCAGUCGCAGAGGAAAUCCAAGAAGAAGUUGAUGAACUCUUCCAAAAGGAGCAGAAUUACUCAGAUGAUGUAUUAUCCAACAUGGUCAGUGAGCCCAGGAUUAGUUAUGGAAAUGAUGCCCUCAUGCCUUCUCUAACCGAGACCAAGACCACAGUGGAGCUUCUUCCCGUAGAUGGGGAGUUCAACGUUGAGGACCUUCAACCAUGGCAUCCAUUUGGAGUGGACUCCAUUCCAGCAAACACAGAGAACGAAGUUGAGCCGGUGGACGCUCGUCCUGCAGCCGAUAGAGGACUCACCACCCGGCCAGGAUCAGGGCUCACUAAUAUCAAAACCGAAGAAAUCUCAGAGGUCAAGAUGGAUGCCGGAUAUGAAGUACAUCAUCAGAAGCUGGUGUUCUUUGCGGAGGAAGGUGGAUCCAACAAAGGUGCAAUUAUUGGCCUAAUGGUUGGAGGUGUUGUCAUAGCGACAGUGAUUGUAAUCACUUUAGUCAUGCUGAAGAAGAAACAAUACACUUCCAUCCAUCAUGGCGUGGUAGAGGUUGAUGCCGCGGUGACACCAGAAGAGCGCCACCUCACCAAGAUGCAACAAAAUGGCUAUGAAAACCCAACGUACAAGUUCUUCGAACAGAUGCAGAAUUAGGGACACCACUGCGACCUCUUAAUUCGGACAGCAAAAUGAUUGCUUCACUGCCCAUCGGUGUUCAGCUAUAUACAUAUAUAAAUAUAGAAAAAGAAAAAAAAAAAGGUCAUGUUGAGAGAAUUAAAACAACAAAAAAAAGUAAAAUUCACCACCGUUUUAUUAUUUACUCGUUUCCGCCUUUUGACAGCUGUGCUGUAACACAAGUAGAUGCUUGAACUGAACAGAAAUCAGUAAUAUAUUCUCUUAACAUUUUGGUCUUUCCAUAACAUUAUCAAUGAAUGUUUUUGUGUACUGUAGAGCGUUUAGCCGUCUUUAACUAGUGCAUGACUAGCUCCCUCUCCUGAUUAUUUAUCACGUAGCUCCUUAAAACAGUUGUAUAUUAUUCUUGUGAUUUGUGACUAAAUUAAGUCCUGAUUGAAAUCCGCUUUACAUAUGAUUGGGGAUGCAUUCUGUGUAUGUGAGGUUUUGCUGCUUCACUUAUAUAUAUUUUCUUUUUUUUUUUCAUCACCGCUAUGCAUUUAUAGAUAAAACUAAUUUUUUUUAUUUUAAUAUUGGAUAAAACCUUUUUUUUUUUCCUCUACUGUGUUAUUGUACAGAUUGUUCUGCUGUGUUUGGUGAUGUAGAAAAUCAUGGGGAAUCCACAUUUGUUUCUUUGUGCCUGUUUUAUGUGCACACUUUAGGAACUGCAGAAUUUAAAUGAAAACAUUUAAGAAAAAUAAAAAAUAUAUAAAUAUUUUUCUUUUCAUUGUACCUUUUAAGCUUUGACACCAUCGGGGCUGGAUGUUCCUGUUACACACAAUGUAUCGCAGUAACAUCUAGCUUUUGCGGGGUUUACAUUGUCUCUGAUAAUUCUAAGCACUUUUUUUUUUUGAUCCAAAAAAAAAGUGUCCUGCUGGUCGAAAAUUAGCAGAGAUUCCUUACAGAAUGAAAACUUUCUGCUGGAUGAUUGUACAGAAUCAUUGCUUAUGAACAAAUAGCUUUCUACACUGUGUUACAUAAAUAAAUUUAAAAAAAUCGGA